AUGGUGCUGGUGUUCAUGCUGGCAGCAUACAUCGCGAUUGCCUGGCUGCUGUCGCUCUUGGCCUCGGGCGGCAGACCGCGCACUGCACUGCGGGCCGUCACUUCCCUGUUCCUCCGGGUGGGCUUCUUCGUCGGAGGAGUGCGGCUUCACAUCAGAGGGAAGCGUGAGGCAACGGGCACGAUAGUCUCCAACCACUGCUCUUACCUGGACGUGCUCAUACACGCCCAUCAGCACGGAGUGAAGAACGUGUGGUAUUGGGGCUUCCUUUCGCGCUUGCUCGAUUGUCUCUACGUAGCACAUGCAAGGUCGGUCCAGGACACGACAGCCAGAGGCGCGUUCGUGGGUGGAGUGCCGGUGCAGCCGGUCGUCUUGCGGUAUCGCUACCGGCAUUUCAGCCCAACGUGGGAGAGCAUCCCCACCUCGAUUCACGUCUUUUGGCUGCUGGCCUCCUUCGUUCACGAUGUGGACGUAAUCUACUUGCCCACCUACACACCGACCAAGAUGGAGCGACAGAACCCGCAGACAUAUGCCGAUAACAUGCAGAGGGUAUCGUGGCGUGAUGAUCCAUUCUACUGUUCGUCGUGCCAUCGCGCGCACGUGAGCUCGUAA